ACUCCUGUUAGCUACGUUAGCUUACGUUUCGAAAGAAGAUUAUUGACAGUUCCCCAGCUCAUGUUGGCGGGUGUUUUAUCUGGUUAGAUGGUCCAGCGGCCGUCCCGGUGCCCAGUACUUGUUUGGUAUAGUCUCAACCGGCGGUCGUCAUGGCGGAGGAGAAGGAUUUCCCACCAAACCUUCUGACAGAGGAGAUGAAACACAGCAAUGGCGACUUCGUAGCUCCAGAUGGUUUAUGCUGGCUGUCAGUGCUGUCCUGUCUACUGCUUGCUUGUUCUUAUGUUGGCAGUUUGUACGUGUGGAGGAGUGACCUGCCGAGAGAUCAUCCCACUGUGAUAAAGAGACGCUUCACCAGUGUGCUGAUCGUGUCGGGCCUUUCUCCUCUCUUUGUGUGGGCAUGGAGAGAAUUCACAGGUGUGAGGACUGGCCCAUCGUUACUGGCUCUCAUGGGGAUCCGGUUUGAAGGCCUCAUUCCUGCCGUCAUACUUCCUCUAGUGCUCACCAUGGUCCUGUUUCUGGGCCCCCUCAUGCAGCUGGCCAUGGACUGCCCCUGGAGCUUCAUGGAUGGGAUCAGGGUGGCAUUUGACCCCUGGUUCUGGAUGUUGUGUUUCAGCGACAUGCGCUGGUUGAGGAAUCAGGUGGUGGCGCCGUUAACAGAGGAGCUGGUGUUCAGGGCCUGCAUGCUGCCCAUGCUGGUGCCCUGUGCAGGUCCUUCUAUUGCCAUCUUCACCUGCCCUCUCUUCUUUGGAGUGGCUCACUUCCACCACGUGAUCGAGCUGCUGCGCUUCAGACAGGGGACGCUGUCAGGGAUCUUCCUCUCUGCAGUGUUCCAGUUCUCCUACACAGCAGUGUUUGGGGCCUACACGGCCUUCAUCUUCAUCAGGACAGGUCACCUGAUGGGCCCCGUCCUCUGCCACUCCUUCUGUAACUACAUGGGUUUCCCCGCCAUCAGCACGGCCCUGGAGCACCCCCACCGCCUCACUGUCCUCUCCUCCUACCUGCUGGGCGUCCUCCUCUUCCUCCUCUUCCUCUUCCCCUUCACUGACCCCUCCUACUACGGCCUCCCCACACCAGUCUGCACCCUGACCUCCUCCCCCAGCUCCCUCUGCCUGUCCUGAUCCCUGCCCGCCACCCCCCCCCACUCCCUCAACACACACACACUUGUUUGUUUUGCCAAGUUAGAGAUCAGGUCUGGUCCGGUCUGGACCGACAGCGCUAACAGCCAUGUGGGCUACGUUGCCACGGGGAGGUGAGGAGCCAUUUUCUCUGGUCUGUGGAGCCUUGACGUGUCGAGACAUUUACACGACACGUUUGAGUGAAUCAGCUGAACGACUCCGUUUGAUUUGGUGUGAUUCAUGUUGCUGGGUGAAGCUGAGACACGGACAGUAGUGUAGAUACACACAACACUGAAGGACCAGUCCUCCUCAGACCCAGACCGGUUCUCCUCAGACCCUCUGACACUGGUAGAUCUCCUCAGUUUGAGGAAGUGUCGUAACGUACCACUGAUGGACUCAUUUUCUACUCAGACUUUUUAAAGGUUAAUCCUGCUUUACUUUAAUGUUAGUUUUUGUCAGUCAGCCACUGGUUAUAAUACCAUCGUAUUAUAAUAGUUCAUUAUCAGUAUUUCAGGUGAGCUCACCUGGUUUAGAUAAUCCACAUAAACCUGUCUGACUGUGAACCACCUGUCUGUGGUUCGGGCUGUUUUGUUGUGUAAAGCUUUGGGUUCAUGUCGGGUUCUUUUCAAAUGUUAUUUCUCGCAUUAGCUUUCCGAGCUAACGUUAGCGAUCGGUCUCAGGCUGGGUUUGGGCUUUAGGGUUUGUCAGAACCAGCUGGGCUCAGGUUUCCAGCUUUAGGAUCCUGUUGUAAUAAAGCCAGAAUUAUCCUUUAGCGCCUUUGAUGAAGACAUGUAGAUUUGUGGGUUGUUGUUGAAAACAGUGAGAGCCACAGCACUCACCACAACAUGUCCUCUGGCUGCACUGCACCCUGGUCUACAGAGGCCAAUGGAGAUGUUAGGAUUCUUGUUGCCGUGGCUGCACUGGAGCACAGUGACGUUGGUGUGAUGUCGAGAUAGGAACAUGAAGAACACGUUCUACGUCACCAACAGCUGUUUUUAAUGUUUUUAUCUGUGACUUCAGAUUCAGACUCCAGGACUUUGAAUCCUGAAUCGGCCUCUGUUUAGUGUUUGAAGAGAAAUAUUACUGGAUAUUUAUAUACCUCUGCAUGUUUCAGUGCUGGUAGUUUGUUUUCUUUGG